AUAAUAUAACCAAAAAAAAGACAUACUAUUUAACAGAUGCUCUCUUUAGAAAUUGAAUUUCCAAAAUGCAAGUUGAUCAUGUCCUUGCAAAGUGCAUGGCAACUAUAAACUUGCAUACUGGGAGAGAAUAGAUCCCUUCAUUUUUAUAGUAGAUGGCUAUGUGUGGUAUUCUAAUAGGAAACAAACUUUUGAGUCUUUAGAACUCAAGACCAUACAUUACACAACUAUUAUUUAUAAGGAUUUUGGCAGCCCUUAUCACUGUAAUAUCUUUAUACAACUUGUUUCAAUGACAACUUUUUACAUAACUUUCUCAAAAUUGUUUGCCUAUUGAGUUCAUCUUAGCUGAUGGUAAAAGACAGAACUGCCUUAAGACUUUAUUUUGUAUUCCCUAAUGUAAAACUUCUAUUACUCAUGUAUCAUAAGAUGUCAUAUCAUGUAGCAAAAGAUUUAUGAAGAAUAUGGUGAGGGAGUUUUACAUACGCACUAGAAGAAGAAAAUAAUAUUAGAGCUGGCUCUCUAGCUGUGAGACUUUCUUUUGCAUGUGAUUAAAAACAACCUAGUUUGGAGGGGGAGGGAAGAGAACAUGGCAGAAAUCUCAAUUCUAAUCUUGUUUUCUAUUUCUAGUACUUAAUAAACCUUUCUUUUUAUAUUGCCCUGCACACUAACAAACUAGCACUAGCUUUGCUCUUAGAUGUGCAUGGCAGUAAAAUCUUGCAUGGUGCCAAGUAUCAGAGGGGUGUUAGUCUGUAUCCACAAAAACAACUAUACAGAAGUGAGUUUUUUUACUCACGAAAGCUUAUGCCCAAAUAAUUCUGUUUGUCUUUAAGGUGCCACCAGACUCCUCGUUGUUUUUUCAGUAAAAUCUUUGUUUCAUACUGAUUCAGUACAUUUAAAGGAGUGCAGUUGGACUCUGACUUGUCGGGCAGCGUAAUACAAAUCAUGAAUCCCUCGGGUGCAAGAGCAAAGGGUAUGUUAGUGCAAACAGUGUCUGGUGAGAUUAGUCUCUAUUCCGUUUUAUGAAGCAAAGUUUAUAUUCUCCUGUGUGCAAUGCUGCAUUUAAAAAAAAAAAAACUCUUUGGGAAAGAAUGACUAAGCUAAUCAACAAUUUGUUCAUUUCCGCUAGCCUCACUUGAAUAACACAGGAGUGACAAAACUAGCCAAUAUCAGGGAUACUGCUAUUAUUGUAAUACUAUAACACUAAUGAGGUAAAAUCCUGCUUCCUUGUUUUUACUUUACUUCACAAAUUACUGCAAAUAUUUUUUCACUGAGUUUGAGCUUCUGUCUAUCCAUCUAGAUGUUUGAUCUGCUUACCAUAUCUGAUCUUGCUCAUUACUUGAUUGCCAUGUCAUGCUUGCUAUUGACAUCACAAUCUUAGAUUUUUCUGAGACUCUAGAUCAGUGCAGCAAAGACUUCUGUCCCAGAGUUGCAUGUAUGUAUUCUACUUCAUAUUAGUAGACAUUGUUUAGUUGGAGUGGGACUUAGAGAAUUUUAAGUGAAAAAGAACUUGUAUCAUGAAAGUUCUGGUUACAGAGAACUCAAAAGGUAGUUUCAUUAUCCUGCUUGGGUUCUUGUGCUGUACUGCACUCUUCUCCCCAUCACUGCUAUCAGAGAGCUCUUUUACUAUCAGGUAACGAACCCGAAGUUCUCCCUGUUAUGAGAAUAUCUUCCUGCUGGGACAUGAGGCAUCUUUUUCUUUUUGCAUGGAACAUGCAGACUAGUUGUGACCAUUUUUAUUAAACCAGGUGAUGGAGUUAUUUGUACUUUUACUCAGUUCAAACAUCAGGUUUCUGUUAAGCAAUUGUUAAAUUCUGCUGAGUCUGGAUAAUGCUUUUCUAAUUUGUCUAUAUAGGGAUUCCUCUGACUUACGACGCCUGAUUGCGUCAGACGCCACUUAACGACGCUUUUCAGUUGACUGCCCAUUUCGCCCCUACGAUGCUUGUUUCGCCCUUCGGAGGAAAGCCGGCAGGGAAAACACACGUCACAUGCUGAGUCUCAGCCAAUCACUGAUUUCACUGUUAAAGUUUUCUGAUUGGCUGAGCCCAGGGCCAAGAGCCAAUCAAAAACAAGUGGCAAGUCUACCCGGCAACAAACUAUCUUAGCCAUGGAAGCCAAUCAGACAAGCAACUGCAAGGGACCACUUCCAGCUCCAUUCAUUAUAACUCAACCACAAAGUUAUUUAUAAGCAACUCUGUAAAAAUCAAGACCAAUUCUGUGUAGUAUGUUGCCGGCAUUCUGAGCAGCUGCCUGCCUUGCUGCUUUACUGCCCAGUCUGACUUAAGAUGCUCAGUUGAUGGUCUUUGUGAUUCUAAUUUUUUUUUUUAAAUGGCAGAAAAGUGUAAAUCCAGUACAGAUGAUGUUUCUUCUUCUAAGAAACGCAGAACAAUUACUGUUGAAAUAAAAAUGGAUGUCAUUAAGAGAUCUGGAAAAGGGGAGACAGCAAUUGAAAUAAGCAGAGCUUUGAAUAUUCCCCGAACGACUAUUGUGACCAUCCUGAAAAACAAGGGGAAUCUUGGAGAUUGCAUAAAUCUUUGUUGAAAACUUGGCUGCAGGCAGCUGAACUGAAAUUAACUGCUGCCUUCUGGCUGUGGAGCACUAUUCUAACGUUCUUGUGUGAUAGUCUGUAGACUAAAUCAUGCCAGCUUUAUCAACUGGAUCUGGAAGUGACACAGGUCUGUAUGAGCUGCUGACUGCAUUGCCAGCCCAGCUGCAGCCACAUGUAGACAGCCAGGAAGACCUGACCUUCCUCUGGGAUAUGUUUGGUGAAAAAAGCCUUCAUUCACUAGUAAAGAUUCAUGAGAAACUGCAUUACUUUGAAAAACAGAGCCCUGUACCCAUACUCCAUGGUGCGGCAGCCUUGGCAGAUGAUCUGGCUGAGGAGCUGCAGAGCAAGCCAUUGAACACUGAGAUCGGAGAGCUGUUGAAACUACUGUCGAAACCAAAUAUCAAGGCUUUGCUCUCUGUACAUGAUAUUGUUGCUCAGAAGAACUAUGAUCCAGUAUUGCCUCCCAUCCCUGAUGAUAUUGAUGAGGAGGAAGAUUCAGUAAAAAUAAUCAGACUGGUCAAAAAUAGGGAACCACUGGGGGCCACUAUUAAAAGGGAUGAACUUACUGGUGCGAUUGUGGUGGCUAGAAUAAUGCGAGGAGGAGCUGCAGACAGAAGUGGUCUUAUUCACAUUGGUGAUGAACUUAGGGAAGUCAAUGGGAUUCCUGUAGAUGAUAAAAAACCUGAAGAAAUAAUACAAAUUUUGGUUCAGUCUCAAGGAGCAAUUACGUUUAAAAUUAUACCUAGUAUCAAAGAGGAAACACCCACAAUAGAAGGCAAGAUGUUUAUGAAAGCCCUAUUUGACUAUGAUCCUACUGAGGAUAAAGCAAUUCCUUGUAAAGAAGCUGGGCUUUCUUUCAGAAAAGGAGAUAUCCUUCAGAUCAUGAGCCAAGAUGAUGCAACCUGGUGGCAGGCUAGACAUGAAAGUGAUUCCAAUCCCAGAGCAGGCUUGAUCCCUUCAAAACAUUUCCAGGAGAGGAGAUUUGCAUUGAAAAGACCAGAAGUACAUAUGCAGCAACUGAAAAUUUCCAACAGAAAAUCAUAUGCUGAAUGUGCUGGUUACAACAGUGGAACCUAUAUAGCUGGUUUUAGGAGAAGCUUUCGUCUUAGCAGAAAAGAUAGAAAGACAAAUAAAUCCAUGUAUGAAUGUAAGAAGAGUGAUCAGUAUGAUACAGCAGAUGUCCCAACAUAUGAAGAAGUUGCACCAUAUCGACGACAGCCUAAUGAGAAAUACAGGCUUGUAGUUUUGGUCGGUCCUGUGGGUGUAGGCUUGAAUGAACUUAAACGAAAAUUGUUGAUCAGCAAUACCCAGCAUUAUGGUGUAACAGUGCCACACACGACUAGAGCAAGAAGAGGCCAAGAAAAUGAUGGUGUUGAGUACAUUUUCAUUUCCAAGCACUUGUUUGAGACAGAUGUACAGAAUAACAAGUUUAUUGAAUAUGGUGAAUAUAAAAACAACUACUACGGUACAAGCAUAGACUCUGUUCGAUCUGUUCUAACUAAAAACAAAGUUUGUUUGUUGGAUGUGCAGCCUCAUACAGUGAAGCAUUUAAGAACAUUAGAAUUUAAACCAUUUGUGAUAUUUAUAAAACCUCCAUCACUUGAGCGUUUGAGAGAGACCAGAAAAAAUGCCAAGAUUAUUUCAAGCAAAGAUGAAAAAGUGGCUACAAAACCCUUCACAGAAGAAGAUUUUCAAGAAAUGAUUAAAUCUGCCCAGAUGAUGGAAAGCCAAUACGGCCAUCUCUUUGACAAAGUUAUAGUCAACGAUGACCUCACUACAGCUUACAAUGAGUUGAAAACAACAUUUGACAAAUUGGAAACAGAGACCUUUUGGGUUCCAGUCAGCUGGUUGCAUUCAUAACACUACAAAUAAGAAAUAUAAAUGAUGAUAGUUCAUAAUCUUUUUAAUAAAGUGCAUGGUUGGAACUCAAUUAGUUGCCAUUUAAUUGGUGUGAGGGUUUUCUAACUUUGGCAACUGACUUGUAGUUAAAGACUUGGUGUAAUUGGAAUGCAAGUCUUCUUUUUCUGUAUCUUAAACCAUCCUGUUCCGAAUUUGGGGACAAUAAAAUCACAUUGAAUCCAAGUCUUAUCAGAUGCAAUAUACUGAGCUAGUAGUGCACCCAAAACUACUAGACGCCUUGUUACUGUUUACAUAUAAAUCUCCCAGUUGAGUUUUGUUAAUGGAGGGGUAGCACAGAUAUUAAUUAAUAUUGAAUGCUGUGGUGGUCUCUAACAUAGCUACUGUCAUAUAAAGUUGCACAUGAGCACUUGGAGGUUAUCAGUACUUUAACUAAGAGCGCUUAAGAGAACUAAAACAGGCAAAAAUGGCAAAUAUUUCUCUGGUUAAGAAAGACAGUAAGAGUUUUAACUGGGUUAAGUAUCAAGAGGGGUUGUUUUACUUUCCUAAAAGUGUGAGCUUCAUCUGAUGUGUACAGAGUGAUCCUAGUGUUCAUUUGUAUUUAAAUGUUUCACCAAAAGAGAGAAAUUAAGGAUUCAGUGGCUUACUUGUAAAAUAUGCUGUAAAAUAACUACAUCUUCUGCGGCUACUGUUUUGCUGUGAGUAUGCAGGUCUUGAAACUCUUUGCGUGCAUGCUUUGCAGCACAACAACUUGGGAAUAUUUAUCUAAAUAAGGGAAAAUAUAGGUUAUUUAAAUGUAUAUAAUUUAAAAAAUCUUUCUUUGUGAGUUAAUCUUCUAUAAGAUCAGAGGUAUAUUGGCAUGAAUAGCUGUGUAGUAGUAAGGGUUUGUGGGGGAUUUGGUUUUUGGGUUUUUUUUUUACUUUAAAUCACUUCAGACAUUUCUAGUGUUCUUUAAAAUACUUUUAACUUAUUAGCAGCUAAUUAUUAGGGGAAAUCUUUGAGAUUUGAGUAAGCAGUUGCAGUGCAUGAAUUGCUUUUAUUAAAAAAUCCAUAGCAAUAUUUGUUUUGAAUAAUAUAUAAUGUCAAAAUGCAUUGUUUUAGAUUUGAAAACUUUUCUUUGAGUUUAAACUUGUAAACUUCACUACAAAGAAAAUUAUUUACCUUUAACACUGCCCAGAUACAUCUGAAACCUCAGAUAGCUUUCUGUGUAAUAGAAUAAGCAAAUAUAUGGUAAAUCAUGUAUAUUUAACAUAGGUAACCUCGCAUUUUUCUUGAUUUACUACUGAUAUGCAGCAAGUGAGUACACAUGUAAUGAAAGAGUAAAGCAUGUGUAUUAAUUGUGCAAGUGAAUUUGUAAUAUAGGUGCAGCGUGUGAAUGAACUUGCUAACUUAGAUCAUAUCUGUAGCAUUCAAACAGGAAGCACAGUUAUUUUAUGUUAGCAUAAAGAGAGAAGAACUCAGUGAAACUUAUAUUUAUGAAAGGGUUGAAAAAGGAUAUUAAGUUUUUGAAUUUCUCAUCAGUGUGAUCAUUUCUAAAUAACAGAUUAGUAGGUGCUGGUAAUUAGAAACAUUGUGUUUGUAAAUUAAAUCAACAUUCCAUGUAAAUAUUUUAGUUUAUAUGCUGAUAAAACCAUCAGCUCUGGGCAGUUGUAUCCUAAAUGCAUAUUUAGCCUUGGGCUCAUUGAAUUUGGUUUAAAAUUAGAUGAAACAAUUGAAAUACAGCAACAACAAAAAUUUAGGAGUUUUUGAAUGUUUGUACUGGAAUUAUUGACAUAUAUUAUAUCUCGCUAUUGACACGUAUCCUGUAGUUGAACAGCCUAAUGUAAUUUCAAACAUAUCUGUCAGAUUUCACUAUUUUUUCUGGUGGACUUAAGGUUGUUUGUAACACAAAUAACAUCUCAGUGAUUUAUAUUAAUUGCAUGAAAAUCACAGUCAUAGUGUGGGCUGGAGAAAUGUUCUCUAUUUUUUAACUAUUCAAAAUGUAAUUAUUUGUACAGAGAAUGUUCUUCAGCAAAUCACUGGAGGCUACACCUGCAAGAUGAUGAGUGCCCUCACUUUCUUUUGCAGACAGCUGCAGCUGAGGGUGCUCUGCACUUCUCAGGGUCUGGUCCUUUUAUACCAGGGGAGAGUCAGUCAUAUUAAACAAUAUGCUAAUACUGCUAGUAAACUGUCACGUAUCAGACCACUAUUGUACUAUAUCUUUUAAAUAAGGGAACUGUUUUUGCCCUUUGGGAAACAGACCCUGUAAUGGUCUGAAAACCCUGUUAGAAACAGAGGGAUUCUGGAUGCCCUGCAGGCUUGUUGCCGGCGCUGUGAUGUUCUUUUGAAACAAUUUUAAGACUUAUUCCCAUAUUGGUGGGGUCUAGGAGGGCCUCAUACAGUAUUCUUACUUUGUGGGUGAUAGACUGAAAGCUCCACAACACUUUGUUCCUUUUUCAGAGAGGCUUGCUUUCUGAUCCUCUGUGAGGCAAUGGCAAUAUUUAACACAGGGUGUUCACAUAGCUUUUUCCUAGGAAGAAGUUAAUUUAAUUGUCUUGGUGGUGAGAGAACAAGGACAAAUGAAACCAUGUAUACACACAGCAAACAAAAGGAAUAAAGUGUGGGGGAAUCUUUAAGCUCUUAGAAAUAAGUUUUUAAUGAGUUAUUAGAAAGGAGAAUGGGACAGCCCAUUCCAGUAAAUCUUUCUUUAAAAACUAGCAUUAUUGCAGUGUGUUCUCACCAAGAAAAGUAGAGGCUGCCAUAUAUGGUACUAGGUCAAGACAAAAAAUGUUUUAGCUUGUCUGUUUUAUUAAUUGGACAAGAGCGUGCCCAUUUUACAGAAUUACAAACCCACUUCUUGAUAAACUUCCUCCAUUACAAUAAAAAUACUGUAUGUUUAUGACUCAUAAGGUUUUAUGGAUAAAGGUGACAAAACAUGUCUUAAAUAUUAUGCAUAUUCAAUUUGUGCUAUUUGGUUUUUAGAUAAUUGAAUGUUUUUACAUCCAAGUACAGAUUUUUUAUUGUAUUUUUGCUGUUUUCCAUAGUAAAACAAAUGUUAUUUUAUACUAUUGUAUCCAGCUCUAUACUUGAAGUUGCUAUCAAUUCAUACAUUGAUGUUAUGCCUGAAAUCUCAUUUUACCUUCUUAUGCAGAACAAUAAAUUAUUGAUAUAAUCGA